AUGGCGGGUACUAUAGCAAAGCAAUAUACGCGCGCCCUCGCCCUGUGGCCCAAGGAUGCCCUGCGCCCCAAUCUACCCUUCACCCGCGCAAUCGAGCACCAUGGCCAGCCCUUUGGCGUACAACCCAUCACUCCCACCCCAGAAGAAGGCGCAAAACCCCAGGCCCCCGCAGCAACAACCCCCGCCGCAUCUUCACCACCUGAAAACCCCAAAUUCGAGCAGGCCCAAGUAAACGCCUUGUAUUCGCUACUCGAAAACCGCUACAGCACAAAGUAUGCGCUGUCACCUGGUGUGCUGAAGCCAAAGUCUGCACCAGAGCACUACACAAAGCUGAUGGAGGAAAUCGAGCGCGCACCCAAGAAGACGUGGUGGGAGGCCAAGGUGGAUGAGUGGAAGAGCAAGAUUCGGUGGUCAUGA